AUGUCAGCCAAACACGACCCAUUUGUUCUCGAAUACGCCCGAUUCCACGGAAUCGCUCUUGACUAUACCGCAAUCAAUCCCAGCCAGCAAUUUGAUCACUCCCUCAAACUGCCACCAGAUGAUCCUCCCGUGCCCGAAGACAAGUUGACAUCGCUCGAUAAAUACCUCCUCACCGCACAAGAAUCUGUCGAGAAAGCCAUCCUCGGAGAGAAGCUCAAUGUGAGGAAAGAGGAUAUUCGGUUUCUCUCAGCAGUCAUUCGUGACGUGAGUACCCACGAAUUUGAACUCAACCUGGAAGAUCAUUUGGCGGCCUUUCAUCGUCUCAACAAGCUCAAGCUGGAAUCUCCCAUCUUCAGUCUAGAUUAUGAGACGCACUCGACACUUCCUCAAAGGCCGGUGCUCGACAAUCCUGAGGGAUUGGACCUGCCUCCUCUCGAAGAAGCUCCGGAGUAUCAAUCUGAGUCUUUGGUGAAGAAGGCAGAUGAGCUUAAUGAAGGGAUCAGUAAUGAGAAGCUCAACUGCAACAAGAAGGCUUUUAUGCUCAUACAAGAUGCAAUGAAGCUUGGAAAUGUGUCUUCGAAUCAUCUGGAUGAUAUACUGGCAUAUGCCAUCCGACCAAUAAACUCUGUCAGUUCGGAAUCUCCUGCUCUUGCCCCUUUGGGCGUGGACAAUCUAUCCUUCAAAUGUUCCUCGCCUGAGCAGGAGCUUCAGAUGCUACCCAGCCCUGCUUCGACGGAGAUCCUAGAAACGUUGAAGCCACAAAGCCAUCCGUCAAAAGAUACUGAUCUCAGCCACAGUCCUGAGGUCCUCGAUUGCGUACGCCGGAUUUCUAUGGGAGGUGCCGAUGGCAUGACGCAGAUAGAUCACCACCUAUCUGCAGCUGAAGGACGGCAAACCUGGGAAAACGCAACGACGGUAGGCCACGAGGAGCCUUGCGAAUUUACCAAGUUCGCAGGCGAAAGGCCAGGUGGCGAAGGAAACUCGCAAGGCAUACAACUCCAGACGGACAUAAAUAUACCGGGGCUUAGCAACCAUGAUAGCCCCUCCCAGGAUGAAGAACCAGCUUCACAUUCCGCCCAAUCAGCAGAACCUGAGGUGUUGAAAGAAGAACCUGAGUGGCUGGCGACUGAAGCUCCAGCCGGAGAGGUUAGGGCAGUGCUUCUACCGUCUGGACCUCCAUCAAUUUCACCGUCCGCAACAUGCUAUUCUUCUUCGCAUACAAAUGACGCAGCAUGUGAAGCGUCCCUUCAACAUUCUAACAAUGAUUCGGAAGAGUCAGACGCUCAUUAUUCAGCUCAAGUGUUACAUUCCUCCAGCACUCAGGGACAGGCCAACAAGAAAUCACUCAGCAACGUAUCUGUUGAAGCAGGCAUCGUAUCAACGGAUCAGAUAGUUCCAACACCAGCAGUUCCUGAUUCCCAGCUUAUCACAAAACAGGGUCAAUCCCCCAGUACGUCCCAGCAAAGGAAUAUGCGCGCUUUUAUGGUCAGCGAUAGUGGUUCGACUGCGACGAAUCGGACUCGGCUUCUGACGAAUACUUCUCUCACCGUGACCAACCAACCUUUACAGCAGAGGAAAAGGAAACGCCAGCUUAGCAACGAGCGUUUCGUCAAAGCCUCACAGUCUGAGCAGCAGCAACAGAAGCAGCCGGCGGUACCGUCAUUUACAACUCUUGGUUCCUUGACCGCGUUUAUGGAGACAAGAGGCCGAAACGAGAUGCGGCAUACGGUGACCCAAAGCCCAUACUUCCCAGGGAAAAAGUCAAUCGAUGACGCUUCCAAGCGACAAAGUGAUGCAGUGAGCACCGAGAAGCCCCGAAGCUGCCUAAAAGAGCCGGACAAAAGCGACAACAUCCCGGACAUAAUGCAGACAGGCACAGCACUUCCUCGCUCUCAGCAGCAGACAGGAGAACGGCCAAUCCUGUUCUUAUCAACCGCCCUUCUGAAGAGUCAUCUUCGGCUCGUACGCUGUCUUGAAGGAAUGGCAGGCCAGCCAGCAAUCGUAUAUAGAGACUAUAAUCGCGACAAUCCAGGUACUGACCCUAUGGGCAAGCAUACGACCUCUCGCAUGAACAACAAUCCCAGUCUUCAAAUCGAAGCAGAUAUCGUAAUUUCGCCGAGUACUGGUAUCGUACUGACAACAUCGCAGGCGACAACGCAACUAUAUCUGCCCGGCCACAGGUCCACUCACCCUGAGACGAACAUCGAAUGCAUCAACUCGCCACUCAGAGAACGCAUCUUCCUUCUCGCUCCUCGAUAUGAACGAAUCUACCUGUUCAUAUGCCAUAGUGCACCUUUUCCCAAGAAGUCGCAAGGCAAACAAUCGGGCCCAACAGCUGACAAGCGAGUCUUAACAUCCAUCGCUUCGUUGACUGCUUUCUGCAACUCGAUGUCCGCCUAUGCAACAAUCAGCCCAUUGCUAGUACCUUCCUGCCCCGAAACCGUGGCGGGCUGGGUCCUUUCGCUUGCGAGCAAGCACAUUGCUCGACUUCCUGGGAAUCCUACGCGGAUUCUGCCCAGCACAGGCUUCACACCGAUCAACUCGCCUCAGAAAACUCGAUUGAACGCGGAAAUGAUGAUGAGAACAACCGUCUGGGAGCUCUUCUUGCGCCAGGCUGGAUUGAACCCGUACGCUGCGCAAGCGAUUUUGGCAUUUCUCAGACGAGCAGACGAAGAAGAGCGGACUUAUAUAGGCUACACAUCCCCUAAGGCUGCCAGUUCUAGCUCUGUGGAGGACGGGGGUGGACAAGAUCUCGCUAGGUUUAUCGAGAUGGAGCCAGAUCGAAGAAGGGAGGUCUUCGGUGAGCUCAUAGGUGACAGGAUGAUGGGGCGCAUCAACCAUAUUCUAGACAAAGACUGGCAGUGCGACUGGGCCCUUAACUUUGACGCUGAUGUGGAACUAUGA